CAGAUCCAGAUUCUUUCCUGUGGGUGCUAUUUGCAAGAUGGACAACGAAUCAAAGUACUUACUCUUCAAAGGACUUUUGGUGCCUAAAAUAUGUCACACGCCAGAGAGUCUGAAAUAUGCCGAAGAGUUUUGCGUUAGGGACGACGACGUGUUCGCGGUAACCUACCCAAAAUCUAGUACAACAUGGAUGCAAGAAAUCAUCCCACUUAUUUUGAGUGAUGGAGAUCUAACACCUAUACACACCAUUCCAACAUGGGACAGAAUUCCUUGGCUUGAGGAAACGCGAGCACAACUAUUUCUUGACAGCCGUCCCUCCCCACGUGCUAUUGCAUCCCAUUUAUGGUAUCAGCAUAUGCCUCCAUCCUUCUUCAAGUCCAAAGCUAAGGUAUUGUAUCAUCAGGGUUGA